GAUUUCCGUCUGACAAAACAAAAGUUGCAGAGCCAUAUAAACCUCUGCCGCCUCUGUUUUUUUCUUUCCUUCCCUCAGUACUUCUGUCUCUUCAUCUGCUUUUCUCUGAUUUCAAAUGGGGUUUCUGAUUUUAGCCUAUGCAUUCUUGAUAUACCAAUUCCUCUUCAUGAUCUGGAAGUGGAUUGAUAGAAAAAGAGAUCAAGAAUGUUAUAUACUCGACUAUGAAUGUUACAAACCAAGUGAUGAUAGAAUGGUCGAUACAGAGUUCUCUGGGGAGGUUAUAAAGAGGCAGAAAGCUCUUGGUCUCAUUGAGUACAAGUUUCUCUUGAAAGCCAUUGUGAGUUCUGGGCUUGGAGAGCAAACCUACGCACCAAGAAUCAUGUUCGAAGGCAGAGAAGAAAACCCAACUCUUCAAGAUGGGAUUUUGGAGAUGCAGGAAUUCUUCCAAGAUACCAUUCAGAAGCUUCUAACCAGGUCAGGAAUUUCUGCUCAAGAAAUCGAUGUUCUUGUUGUUAAUGUGUCAAUGCUACCAAUAGCUCCUUCUUUGUCCGCCAUGAUUGUGAAUCACUACAAGAUGAGGGAAGACAUCAAGGUCUUUAAUCUCACCGGGAUGGGUUGUAGUGCGAGUUUGAUAUCUGUCAAUAUUGUUCAAAGCAUUUUCAAGUCUUACAAGAACAAGUACGCACUCGUCGUGACUUCAGAGUCUCUGAGUCCAAAUUGGUAUUCCGGGAAUGACAGAUCGAUGAUUCUUUCAAAUUGUUUGUUUCGGAGUGGUGGGUGUGCAGUUCUUUUGACAAACAAUCGAGCUUUGAAGAACAAAUCCAUGUUGAAGCUCAAGUGUCUAGUCAGAACCCACCACGGAUCCAAAGAUGAUUCUUACAAUUGCUGCAUUCAAACAGAGGAUUCACAGGGAAGACAAGGAUUUCACCUCGACAAGUCCCUCCCCAAAGCUGCAACCCGCGCACUCGUCGACAAUUUGAAAGUCAUAGCUCCCAAAAUCCUGCCAAUUUCGGAGCUGAUUCGGUUCAUGGUGGUCACCCUUGUUCGAAAACUGACCACUGUUAGCUCAACCAAAGGAGGGUCUAAUUCUAAUUCUCCUAGGCCAGUGAUUAAUUUCAAGACUGGUGUUGACCACUUCUGUGUUCACACAGGUGGCAAGGCAGUGAUCGAUGGACUUGGUAUGAGUCUGGAAUUAAGCGAGUAUGAUUUAGAGCCAGCGAGAAUGACUCUGCAUCGAUUCGGGAACACAUCGGCUAGCAGUCUAUGGUAUGUUUUGGGUUACAUGGAGGCCAAGAAGAGGCUGAAGAAGGGAGAAAGAGUGUUAAUGAUAAGCUUCGGUGCAGGGUUCAAGUGUAACAGCUGUUUGUGGGAGGUCGUGAGGGACUUGGGUGAUGGACCAAAUGUGUGGAAAGACAGCAUUGAUAGCUACCCACCAAAGACACUGGCUAACCCAUUCAUGGAGAAAUAUGGAUGGAUUAAUGACGAAGACCCUUCAACAUUCGUCGUGCCUAAAUAAAAAAGAAGGUGGAAUUCUUUUUUCUUUAUAAAAAAGGUAUUUUUCUGUACACUAUUGUUCUCUUCUUAGUUCUUGUUAUUACCCUAUUGUUUAACACCUUCGUGGAUUUCAUAACCCAAUAAGGUGGGAACGUAUUGGAAGGCUACAUGUAAUUUUUUUCCAGGGAAAAAACAAAAACUUUUCUGUCUUUAUUUUUCUUUCCAAUAGCGAUAUGUAUCCUAAGAGCAUAUAUCCCAGUUAUCUCAGCUGUUGAAUUGUACAUACAGGAU